UUCAGUAUAUUUAUUUUUGUUUCUCUUAUUUUAUUAGCUAGGAGUUUUUUAAUUUUCCUUUUGUGAAAAAUGUUUGGUUGGAAGAUUAAUGAUUAUGAUAUUAAAUUAGAAUUAGCCAAAUGUUCCAAUGGCACGGUUUACAUGGCUCGCAAUGCGAGCAAUCAAUACGUUGCGUUGAAGAAAUAUCAUUUAGAGAAGGCAUCAAAAGAAGAUGCGGAACAAAUACGCGACGAUGUUUUGGCUAUGCGUCAAUUUAGUCAUCCGAACUUGCAUACAUUUUUUACGGCAUUUGUAAAUGAAAGUGAUUUAUGGGUUACAACCCCUCUAAUGUGUUUUGGCAGCUGCCGCGAUACAAUAAAAAAUUGUUUCAAUACAGGUUUCCCUGAAAUUCUUAUUGCGCUAAUAAUGAGGGAUGUUUUGGCCGGCAUUGAAUAUUUACAUCGUCGUGGUUAUAUACAUCGUUCGAUCAGAGGGAGUCAUAUCUUACUAAAUCAAACUAAAGCUGUGCUGACAGGUUUUCGCGAUUGUACAAGUUUCUUAUCACAUGGCGGUCGUGUUACAGCGUUGCACCAGCUUCCGCCACAUAGUGCGCGCAGUUUAAAUUGGUUAGCUCCCGAAGUUUUAGAACAAAAUUUGAUUGGUUACACUGAGAAAUCAGAUAUAUACUCUCUUGGCAUAACUUGUUGUGAACUUGCUAACGGUAUAGAACCUUUUGCUGAUUCGCAACCUACAUUUAUGUUUACGGAAAAGAUACGCGGCAAUGUUCCAACUCUCCUAGACCGUACUACUUGCCCAGCCGUAGAUGAAAUAAUAGAUAUUCUAGCCACUACAAAUAAAACCAAUUCCAGCCUAGCUGCCGCAACGCAACAAAUUUACUUGCAACGUUUGUUUACAGAUGAAUUUCAUCAAUUCACGGAGAUAUGUAUGGAAAAGAAACCCACUAAUCGUUGGGCAGCCUUUAAAUUACUUAGCCAUACAUUUUUCAAACAAUGUCGUCAUGCAAGUAUCUUGGACGUAACGCAACGCUACGGAAUGCAAAUAACUGAUUACGAACAGUUAAGAGACAACAGUUUGCAUAUAAAUACAAAAUUAAACGAUAUCAAGAUUACGGAUAAUGCUGAUCGGGCAUGUGAUACAUGGUCUUGGGAAUUUUGAAACGAACAAUAGGAAGACACUUAAUAACAUUUUAUAUAUUCCCAAAACACGAGUCUAACAUCCACAUCGUGGUAUGAUUCGCUUUAUGAAUACGCUCAAGCUUAAGUAAGGCUUUUUACUUUUAAGACGAUGUUCAAAAAACGGGUGCUUACAUACAUUCAUUGAACGAACAAGUCCUCCUUUCUACAUGAAAUUCAAGUUCUUUUUCGAAGAUUAAAAAAACGUUUAACUAUUUCACUUUCAAUAAAGUGUUUUUUCCACUUUUUUGUUUUUUUUUUGUUUUUUGUAAAAACAAAGUCCUUCAGAGUUAAUUUCUACUAUUUUCUGAUGUUUUCUGAUCUAGCUAUGUAAUGAGGGAGUAGUAUUUGCUUACGUUUGACUGAGAAGGGGAGAGAUCAGGCACAGCGCGAAAGACAACAACUGCUGGUAGAUUGUUCCAAAGCCACGAAAUGUGAUUAAAGAGUAACGAGUCGCGGUAGCUUGCCGUACAAUGAGCAGGCAAUUUCAGGACGAGUGGGUGGGAAUGCUGGAAAAGCCUUGUAAUUCUAACAAAUUAAUUGAUGGAAAAAUCUUAUUUAUUUCUGUAGUGCACUUGUGUGUGUAAAUCAUUAUCUGCAAUAAAUGUUUUCAUCCAAAUAUCGCACACUUUUCCUUAAGCGCUCCCGAAUACUACUUGGGUCGAAAGAACAUCUGGCAAGGAAGUUGCAGCCGCACUUCUUAUUUGUUGAUUUCUGACUCCUAUAACACACUAACAGACGUCUUGAGAAAAUAUUUAUGUUCAUUUAAUCCUAAUCUUACCAGAGUGAGCCUUUGAGUCACUUUUGAAUUGUGAGCACAAAUAUUUAGCUCUCUAUCGUAUCUUCGAUAGAAAGGACAAAAUAGCGGGCAAAAUCUCGGACAGACAUGCGUGGGGAAAGUAUAAAUGAAGACACACUCAUUUUAUAGAAUAUAAAAAUCUACAUUUUUAUUAAUUUAUUUUUAUUAUAGAACAAAUUGUUUAGAUGUAAUAUACUUUUCAAAGAAAAAAACAACAGAAGCAAAAAUUAGUAUGUAAACGUAUAAAAUGUG